CCUCUUUUUAUGGUCUGCUGUAAAUAUUUUUAUAUUAAUACCAUUAGAGCUUCUCCUACAGUUUUGCCACACAAAAAGAACAGUCACAGUCACAAGACUUCUCUUCCUAGCAGUUGAGUUCUGUUCUGGCUUUGGCUUGAAUCAUUACUUGCAAAAUUAUGCAAUACUUUACCUUUUUUUGAGUUGAGCCAUGUAUUCUUGAUAAUAGUUCCUAUGUUCAUCUUACUGCACGUUUAUCUUAGUUCAAAUACUUGGAUUCAAAUGGAAAUUUUCUCUAAUUUGCAAACAAACUACUCAAAUUUGUCUGAUUUAGAAAGUGCAUGCAUGUUUUGAUUAGGAUGGACAUAAAAUGUGCGAUACCUAAUAUACUGGAUCAAAUAAUAGACGACGGAAGCGCGGAGCCAAUAAGUAUACCACUAGCACUAUUACAGGACAUCACCGAGAAUUUUGCUGAUGAGCGAAAAAUUGGUCAAGGUGGAUUUGGAGUCGUUUACAAGGGAUUUCUUCAAAACGGGUAUGUUGCUGUGAAGAAACUCUUGAACAGCCAGACAAUCGAUGAUGGACUAUUUUAUUGUGAGACUAAUUUUCUAAUGAAUGUAAAGCACCAAAAUAUAGUACGGUUUCUAGGAUAUUGUGCUAAUACAGAGAAUAUAGCCAUUAAAGUGGACGGAUCAGGAAAAUGUGGGAAGUAUAUGUAUCCUGAGAUUAGAGAAAGAUUGCUCUGUUUUGAGUAUAUCAGCAAAGGAAGCCUUCACAAUCAUCUUACUGAUGAAUUAAGAGGACUUGAAUGGCAUACACGUUAUCAAAUUAUAAAGGGAAUUUGUGAUGGUCUACAAUAUCUUCACAAGGAAAAGGAUGUUGUUCAUAUGGAUCUUAAACCUCACAAUAUACUGAUGGAUGAUCUCAUGAUACCAAAAAUUACGGACUUUGGUAUAUCAAAACACCUUGAUGGAAUAUCACAAGCUGUUACUGGAGGAUGUCAUGUGUCACUAGGAUAUUGUGCUCCAGAAUACCUACUCCGUGGUCAGGUGUCUUUCAAGUCAGACAUAUUUAGUCUGGGUGUUAUAAUUAUAGAUCUCGUGACUGGACGUAAGGAGGAUCCUGAUACUAAAAAUGUACUAAGAAGAUGGAGGCAUAGGUGGAAUAGAUCGGCCACUUAUCCACCAUCGGGAUACCAACAAGUUACUGAAUGCAUAGAAAUUGCAGCACGCUGUGUGUCACAUGACCCGAAAAAACGACCUUAUAUAUCGGAUAUAAUCCGUCAGCUCGAUGAAUUGGAUAGUACAAAUGGGCACGUCAACGGUGCUGAUGAACCUACAUUUAGCCUGAUAAGCCCUUACCCUUGGGAGCUGCUUGACAUAGAUCCGCUCGAGCUGCAUUUCCCUUUUGAGGCAAAUAAGCAGAUACCAUGUUUGCUUCAACUAAGUAACCCGGGGGAUGAUUACAUUGCCUUCUACGUGCAAACCUCAAGUGGACAGUACCUCGUAGAGCCAAGCAAAGGAAUUGUACCGCCCCAAUCCAAGAGCAAUGUCAUCAUAACAUUUCAAGCACAGAAGAUGGCACCGCAUCGCAUGCGGAAUAAGGAUGAGUUCAUUAUGCGGUGCACAGUGGUAAACGGGGAUCUCCUGACCGAGAGCAUCACUGUAGACAUGUUCGAUGAAGAGUCGAAAGUGGUUGAUGAUGUGAGUUUGAUGGUUGCAUUUUAACACGGUGCACAUGAGUGAAUGAGGAUCUCAUGACCGAGAACAUCAUUGAAGACAUAUUCGCUGAGGAGUCGAAGUGCCCAAUGAUGUGACUUCAAAGGUUGCAUUUUAACAUGGUGUGCAGUUGUGAAUGAGGAUAUCACGACCUCUGAGGACACGUUUGAUGAAAAAGUUGAAAGUGGAUGACGAUGUGAGUUUGAUGGUUGCAUGGUAACGCGGAGCUGAAUACGUGCUCUGAGAUGUGUUAAUGCGCACGUGCAGGAGUUACAGGCUAUCUCGAGGCAAAGCAGCAUCAGAUUUUUGAUCGAUCUCAGCAGAAAGGCGGUCUUGCAAACAAACUUUUUACAGCUCACAUCGUUGCUAUGUCAAGACUCGACAGAACCGAAACUAUGUGUAUGUAUGUUGAAAUUUUCGUUGUUAUUUUUUUUGGGCGUGGUGAAUCAUCAAUUAGAUUGGCUAAUACUCAUAUUUCGUCGUUGCUGAUA